AUGCCGCUUUCAAAGGAGCCUCUACGGCCGAACUCACUCCAGCUACGCGGCUUCCAUGUGGAUAGAGUUAAAUCUGUCAGCGACGUAUUGGAAUACAGACUCACUGGCUCAUUUCCCUUUCAAGACUUGUGGGAUCAAAUGUUCAGCUUCCCGAUAGACCAAUCCCAGAUGGCUGUGUACCAUGACAAAACCCCUCUGGUAAUGGCCUUCAGCCUUACAUUGCUUGCGGCCCCAUUGGGAGCGGCAAUGGGUGAUAUUAAUCAGCUGAUGGGUGAUAAGGAAGGCUUAACAAAAGAGAGGUUUAUGCAGCAGGGCAAAGCGGACGCUGCUGCCUACCUUCUAUCCAACAUCCUUAUAGCCGAUAACCUUUCAAUAACAUACGGCCCUCAGAAGGACAUUCUCCUUGACCACCUUUGCAGCCUUGCGACGGUGGAUGCUGGUGAAGGAGGAGCUGAUGCUGAUCGAUUCGAGCGUGGUGUGAGAUCUAUAUGUUUCCAUCGCCGCUUCUAUAUUACAGAGAAGGGUUAUUUAGGUAUCGACCCUCAGAUGAUGCGUCCUGGUGAUGAAGUCUGUGUGCUUUUUGGAGGCCGCAUUCCAUUUAUCUUACGUCGUACGCCGGACCACCAUCUCUUCAUCGGAGACACAUAUAUCCACGAACAUGAUGUUAUGUGGGGAAAGAUAACUGAGGGCAUUAAACGUCGCGGAGAAACUGAUUUCCCUGUAUUCCUAUAUGAAAUGAAAUGA